AUGAUCCCACGACGCCUGAUUAGCUCGCUCAGAGCGCGCGGCCGGCUGGCGGUAAGCCUGCCGGUGGCCGCCGCCCCGGGCGGCGGCGGCACCGCCGGCGGCGGCGAGCCACGAGGCAGCGGCGAGGAGCAGCCACCCGACUCGCAGGAACCGCCACCAGCGCCGCCGCCGCCAGCCCAGCAGCGUCAGUGGCGACAGCAGGGGCAGCGUGGGCCGUCCAAACUAAACUACACAACCAAGUUCAAGCCGGCCUACUCGACCAACGGCGCUCCGCCGCCCGCCAGCCUGGAGAGCGGCGUGGUGCAGGGGGCCAAAGUGUCAUGGUCCGACAGCCUGAGCAGCCUGAAGCUGCGGCGGCGGUGCAAUCUGCUGUGGGAGGAGGGGCACCCCAACUGCGUGCUGCUGGUCAAGAAGCCCGGGGACGCGGCAGCCAGCCAGAAACUCAAGGAAAUCGGGUCGUGGCUGAAGGGUCACGGCCUGCAGGUGCUUGUGGAGCGGCCCGUGGCGCAGGCUGAGUUCUCUGAAUUCGAGGCCUUCCAGCCCUCCCGCCACAACCCGCAGAUAGAUCUGUGCAUCACCCUGGGAGGCGACGGUACUGUGCUCCACCUGGCGUCUCUGUUUGUUGAGGACGCGCCGCUGCCACCGGUCAUCUCCUUUGCGAUGGGCACCCUGGGCUUCCUCACACCAUUCAAUGCCAGCAUGUCUCGCACCGUGCUGUCGCGGCUGCUAUGGCCGCCGUGGCAGGGGGAGCCCGUGUUCUGCACGCUGCGCAGCCGCAAGCAGUGCGAGGUGCACUGGGGCGGCCAGCUGCAGCGUGUGCACCAUGUGCUCAAUGAGUGCCUCAUAGAUCGGGGCGCCUCGCCGGCCAUGGUCCAGCUGGAGUGCUUUGUGGACGGCAGCCACAUCACCACGGCGCAGGCAGACGGCCUCAUCAUCGCCACCCCCAGCGGCUCCACAGCCUACAGCAUGUCGGCGGGUGGCCCCAUGGUGGCGCCCAGCGUGCCCUGCACCCUCAUCACGCCCGUGGCUCCCCACAGCCUGUCCUUCAGGCCGGUGGUGGUGCCAGAGCAUUCAGUGAUCGAGGUGCACCUGCCCCAGUCCUCUCGGUCACAUGCCAGGGCGUCGUUUGAUGGUGCGGUUGGGGCGGGGCGGCACACGAUGCGCAUGCUGCGCGACUCCUCCAUCCUCUGCCGCACCAGCCGCCACGCGCUGCCCAUGAUCAACAUGCACCCGCUGGACGAGGACUGGUACGAGGGCAUCACGCAGAAGCUGAGCUGGACGGGGUCGCUGCGGCAUGGCGGCGCGCCUUCCUUCCGCGGCGGCAGCGGGCAGCGGUAG